AUGGGUCUGUGGCUGGAGGAACGACGGGGCGUGGCCGUGCCGAUGGGCGUGGCUGUCCCGAUAAUCGAUGGGGUUAACCGUCCGGUUGCCCUGGCGUUGGGAUCUCCCUUGCCGGAGCGACGCUGGGCGCUGGGUUCCGAACUGCUGCCGCUCGGUCGUGUCGCUGCCGUAGCCGUUUCCGAGGUCCACAGCGUGCCCCGAGCAGUAGGGUCGCAUUCAGUCCGGAAAGUGAUUGAUCUAUGGGACGUGGAUACCGAGUGGUGGAUGCCGGAACCGGCGCGCCGGCGGUACUGGCGCCUGGUGACGGAUGGGGGCAAGUUGAUCACGGUAUACCGCAACCUCGCCACCGGCGGGUGGUAUCGGCAGGGUUACUGA